AUGGAGGUCUGUUACCAUCUCUUAUCAUCUAAUUCACAAUCAUAUCCAUUCAUCCUUACAUCUGACUUUAACGGUCUACAUUUUUCAAUUCAAACAGCAGAGGAACAUGAAUCAAAGACUACAAAUCAACCAAAUGGUAACCAUUUUAGUGAAAUUGAAUCGUUUAGAGCCCUAGUUGGUGACUCUGAUGCCAACUCCCUGAAGGAGUUUAUAGAUAAGAUAAAUUCAAAUGAUGAAGAUGGAGUUAUAGUUACCAAUACCUCCAUUGUUCUUUCUCCAAGUUCUGAUAAAGUUCAUCGAACAGUAGGAAUCUCUCUUAUCAAUGUUUCUUUUCAUCAAUUAUAG